AUGGCUACUGAGAACAUCCACUUCGACUGCUACAUUGAUCACCGUGAGACGAUUCCGUUUGAUGAGAUCGUACUAUAUUCAGGAUGGUUAGCUGCCAGUUCGACCAUCAUUGUUCAUUAUCUUUCGGAGCGUGUCAUGCAUAAGUUUGGUUACCAGCAGACCAUAACUCACUUGCCUUCUGAUCCUGCUACUAUCGCCAUGACCUAUUGGCAGCUAGAUGAGGUAUUUGUAGACUGGGAGCAUCACAUGGUUCCUAACGAGGCUCAGACGACCAGAUUAGAGGUAGACUGGAGUUGCGUCGACGGGUACAUCACCUGGUACUACAAAGUGUCGCACCCAUACAUGUUUCCCACCGCACCUGGAUCACCGCCCAGACCAACCCACGAGAAGAUUCUGCGGGUUCAUCAGGCUCAGAUGGACCACACUGAGGAUGUUCUUCCUCGGUGUCGUGAGAUAGCUGACAUGGCGUAA